AUGCAUGUGCCAGAGUACCUGGAGGUGGACUACAACAUCCUCAAUUGCAAAGACAAUGACAAGUUGGUCAAGCCACCUCCCAAGUUCAGACUCAAAGACCCCGCCACUGAGAUACCCAGUGAACUCACCACGAUGAUCUAUGACUUCAACGUAUCGCCCACCAAAGGAAUGAUUCCUGACAGAGUUCAAACACUGGAGUUUGAUUAUGGCUUUCACAGUCCCAUCCUACUUGGGUCACUGCCAUCCAGUCUGACCACGCUCAAGUUUGCCUCACCCUUCAGACAUGAGUUGCCCAUUGGCGUGCUCCCCGCCAGUCUGACCAAACUCCAACUUGGCCAAUCAUACAAUCAUUCGAUACCAAUUGGCCUUCUUCCCUCGGGACUGAGAACAUUGAUUGUAGACUAUCACUUCAAUCAACCUAUAAUAGUUGGCUCGUUGCCACACGGACUGACCUCACUCAGGUUUGGCGCAGACUACAAUCAACCCAUUGCCAUUGGUGCCCUUCCUCCCAGCCUGACAUACCUCAAAUUUGGUUGCUCUGAGAAUCGUGACUAUGAUUCACCUGGCUCGUACAACCAACCAUUCGUCGCUGGCGCAUUGCCGCCAAACCUCAGGACCCUACGGUUUGGUCGUAACUACAACCAACCAUUCCCUCGAGGUGUUCUCCCAACUAGUCUAACAUCAAUGACGGUGUGGGACUCGUACGGUCAUCCAAUGGAUAAUGGAUCAAUUCCUCCAUCAGUGACACGUCUCCAGAUUCACAAUGACUCUCUGAGAUUCAAUAUCCCGAGCUCGAUCACUGAUCUUACGCUGGUCAAGUGCUUCUGGAAGCCCAAGCCACUACCAACCUCAAUCAAACAUUUCCAUUUGGUUGGUGGAUGUCAUCCAGAAAGAGGAAAGGACUUCUAUCGUGACUUCCUCUACUCAUUGCUAAGUUCCAGUCGCUAUCCAAUCGCCAGAUUGGCUACAUUUACCAUAUCAUUCUCUGAACAAUCAUCAAUUGCUCUUAGAAACAUCCAGCUUCGAGCACUUGGUGAUGGUAAACACUUCAUCAUAAUAACGAGCAAACUAAAAGGUGGAAUCAUUCCAAUCAAUCCAUCAGUUACCUUUAACAAACUGAGACUAUUCGAUGAGAGUUAA